UAGCUUAUCUCGAAAAGUCUGGAAAAAUGGCAAGAAAGUAUAUAUACUCAGAAAUGUCGCCUCUAUGCUAUAGUUCAAUUGAAACAAGUGCAAGUGCAAGUUCGAAAGCGAUACACAAAGCUCUAAAACGAUUCAUAAGCGUAAUCAAAUAAGUGAAGUGCGUUCUUUUACUGUGCUCUGAAGUUAUAUUUCGCGAUUUUUUAUCCGUACGUGUUUUUUAUUCGUGUUAAUUGUGUAUAAAUCGAUCUGAAAAAAAAAAAAAAUGGUUGUGAAAGGAAAAGCCAUCGGUAUUGACUUGGGUACCACGUACUCGUGCGUCGGAGUCUGGCAACAAGGAAAAGUAGAAAUCAUCGCCAACGAUCAGGGUAACAGAACAACUCCAAGUUAUGUUGCGUUUACCGAAUCCGAACGGCUGAUUGGAGAUGCGGCCAAGAACCAGGUAGCUCUAAACCCGAAGAACACCGUGUUUGAUGCUAAACGAUUAAUUGGCCGACGAUUCGACGAUCCUAAAAUCCAACAAGACAUGAAACACUGGCCAUUCACCGUCAUCAACGACUGCACUAAACCGAAGAUCCAAAUAGAAUUCAAAGGCGAACGAAAAGUAUUCGCUCCAGAAGAAAUCAGUUCCAUGGUAUUAAUCAAGAUGAAAGAGACUGCCGAAGCUUAUCUAGGAUGUCCGGUCAAAGACGCGGUAAUCACAGUUCCUGCCUAUUUUAACGAUUCUCAACGCCAAGCUACCAAAGACGCCGGAGCUAUCGCUGGUCUGAAUGUAUUGCGUAUCAUCAACGAACCAACCGCAGCAGCACUCGCUUACGGUCUAGAUAAGAAUCUCAAAGGAGAACGUAACGUACUGAUAUUUGAUCUCGGUGGAGGUACGUUCGACGUAUCGAUCCUGACAAUCGACGAAGGUUCCUUAUUCGAAGUGAAAUCGACGGCCGGAGAUACUCACCUGGGUGGCGAAGACUUCGACAACAGACUAGUCAAUCAUCUGCUCGAAGAAUUUAAACGUAAAUAUCGUAAAGACAUAUCGAAUAAUCAUCGAGCCAUCAGACGUCUACGUACAGCCGCCGAACGAGCCAAACGAACGUUAUCGUCCAGUUCCGAAGCCAGCAUCGAAAUAGACGCUUUAGACUCGGGUAUUGAUUUUUACACGAAAAUAUCCCGAGCACGUUUCGAAGAACUGUGCGCCGAUCUGUUCAGAUCCACGUUAACGCCCGUCGAGAAAGCCCUCAACGACGCUAAACUCAGCAAAAACGAAAUCCACGACGUUGUACUGGUAGGAGGCUCGACACGUAUACCGAAGAUCCAACAACUCCUACAGAACUUCUUCUGCGGUAAACAGCUCAACUUAUCUAUCAAUCCGGACGAAGCUGUCGCAUACGGUGCUGCCGUCCAAGCAGCUAUUCUCAGCGGCGACCAAAGCGAAGAAAUCCAAGACGUACUGCUCGUAGACGUGGCACCUCUCUCACUCGGUAUCGAAACCGCCGGAGGCGUGAUGACCAAGCUGAUCGAACGUAAUACUCGUAUACCCUGCAAGCAAAGCCAGAUCUUCACCACGUACGCCGAUAACCAGCCUGCAGUCACCAUCCAGGUAUUCGAGGGUGAACGAACAAUGACUAAAGAUAACAAUCGUCUUGGUCAAUUCGAUCUAACCGGAAUACCUCCGGCUCCUCGAGGUGUGCCCCAAAUCGAAGUAUCGUUCGAUCUAGACGCCAACGGUAUUCUGAACGUAUCAGCCAAAGACAGCAGCUCAGGAAGAUCGAAAAAUAUAGUCAUCAAGAACGAUAAAGGUCGCCUAUCUAGAGAAGAAAUCGAUCGUAUGAUCAACGAAGCCGAACGUUACAAAGAAGAAGACGAACGCCAACGUGAAAAGAUCCAGGUCCGAAAUCAACUCGAGAACUACAUCUUCGGCGUCAAACAAGCCUUGGACGAAGCUGGCGAUAAAUUAUACGACUCUGAGAAGAACUCCUGCCGUCAAGAGUGCGACAGCGUCCUCAAAUGGUUAGAUAACAACACGCUGGCCGAAAAGGAUGAAAUCGAAGAGAAAAUGAAAUACCUUCAACGUGUAUGCUCUCCUUUGAUGAGUAAAAUGCACGGAUCCAAUAGUGAUAAAGCGGGUGCUGGAGCUGGUUGUGCUAAUCAAAAUCAACAACAUCAUCAACAACAACAGCGCCAAGGACCAACCAUCGAAGAAGUCGAUUAAAUCAACUUUCAAUCGAAGAUGCAGUACAAGUAAUUUUGUUCUGUUUUUUCAUGUUCAAACCACCUUUUUUUUUCAAUUUUUUAUUUAAAAUAGUUCAACUGUUAAUUGUUUUCAUUCCUUUAAAAAUGUUUUUUUUUUUUUACAAUUUUUGUCAUAUGAUUAGUGUAUUUUUUUCUUAAAUUUAUUAUUUUGAAUUAUUUUCAUUUAAAAAAAAAAUGAAUUUUAAUUAAAUUAAUAAAUUUAUAGGAUUCUGUAUGCUAAUUGUAAGUAUAGCUUUUGUGAUAUUAUUGAUAAAUUGUUGUUAUUGAUGGCAUUGUACUGCACAUGACAAAUAAACCGACAAAAAAUUUAAA